ACACAGGGCGAGUUCCCCGACCUGCCGCUGCACGCGCUGCUGACGCGCGCCUACCCGUACCGCAGCAUGCUCGGCCAGGACGGGGUGCGCGCCGUCGAGGACCUGCUGGCCACGUUCCAGGUGACGGAGCCGGAGCGGCCGCUGGAGCUGCGCGUCGGCCAGGUCUCGGACACGGCGCAGCAGCACAAGGCGGCCGUCACCAUCAGCUACGGCGGCAGCUCCAGCCAGGUAGAGGUGUCGCGCGGGGCGGGUGACGGUGGCACUCCUCCGCCCAAGUUCGUCGAGACGCCUUACCAGGAGUCGCUCCUGGCGCAGCUCAUGCAGAGCCACGUGGCGGCCGACCUGUGCGUCAUCGGGCCGCGGGGCUGCGGCAAGAGCGCCACGGUGCGCCAGCUGGCCGCCACCCUGGGAUACACCAUCGAGCCCAUCGUGCUCUUCCAGGACAUGACGUCUCGCGACCUGGUGCAGCAGCGCACCACGCUGCCCAACGGCGACACGGUGUGGUACGACUCGCCGCUGGUGAGCGCCGCCCUCAACGGCCACCUGGCCGUGCUGGACGGGCUGCACCGCGUGCACCCGGGCACCCUCGCUGUCAUCCACAGGCUGGCGCAGGACCGCGAGCUGCAGCUGCACGACGGCCGCCGCCUGCUGCGCGCCGACCGCUACGAGGAGCUGAGGGCGAAGAUGAGCUGGACGGAGGAGCAGAUGGCAGCGGCGGGCGUGCAAAAGAUACACCCGUCGUUCAGAAUCGUCGCCCUGGCUGAACCACCCUCAUCGGGGAAAGGCUCCACGCAGUGGCUUACACCAGAACUGCUCAACUUGUUUUUGUUUCAUGAAAUGAGACCUUUAAGCAGUCAAGAAGAGCUUUCAAUCAUUACCAACCUUUAUGGUAAGCCGUCAUAUACUGUAGAAAGUGUGGUGGAGGUAGCUCAUAAUCUUCGAGAGUCAGAAGAUCCGACACUUCGUGCCAUUGCUCCUUCUCUAUCAACACGGCAACUUCUUCGCAUUGCAAGGAGGAUGGCUUCAUUCCCUUCAGAUGCAUCUUAUGAUGCAGUGCAAAGGGCAUCUUUAGCAAGAUUUCUUCCUAACAUUGCCCGCCAGUCACUAGAAAAACUUCUAUCUUCAUUAAAUGUUGAGAGAAAAAAGGAAUUAGAUGGAGAUGCCAAAAGUGCAGAUUGUGUUAUUAUUAAUGGUGAUUCCAUAACAAUUGGAGGUACUACAGCCAAACGCUAUCCUGAUACUGCUGCCAAAUCAAAAGUUCCUGAUAUUCUAUUUUAUGAUGUACCUCAGCAUAUUAUACUUCUUGAAGCACUGUUGCAAGACUUUGUCCUUGGUGAACACCUCUUACUCGUCGGAAAUCAAGGUGUUGGGAAGAAUAAGGUGGCUGACAGGCUGCUGCAAAUAUUAAAUCGGCCAAGAGAGUACAUUCAACUGCACAGAGAUACAACUGUUCAAACACUUACUUUGCAACCAACUGUAAGAGAUGGAAUUGUUGUCUAUGACGAUUCACCUUUAGUGACUGCUGUUAAGCUUGGACAUGUUUUAGUGGUUGAUGAAGCAGAUAAAGCACCAACUCAUGUUACAUGCAUUUUGAAGACCUUGGUGGAGUCAGGGGAAAUGAUUUUGUCUGAUGGGAGAAGAAUAGUACCCUCAAAUGACAUACGAGCCUCUUCCCCAACUCCUAACAUUAUUCCUAUACAUCCAGACUUUAGGAUGAUUGUUCUUGCAAAUAGACCUGGAUUUCCCUUUUUGGGUAAUGAUUUCUUUGGUUCACUAGGAGAUUUAUUCAGCUGCCAUUCUGUUGACAAUCCUAGUCCAGAAUCCGAGAGAGCACUACUUAAGAGCUAUGGACCCGAUGUGCCUGAUGCUUUAAUAGAGAAACUUGUAAAAGCAUUUGGUGAGCUUCGCAACAUGGCAGAUCAGGGUCUUGUAAAUUAUCCAUAUUCUACCAGAGAGGUUGUAAAUAUUGUGAAACAUUUGCAGAAAUUCCCUAAUGAAGGGCUGGCAAAUGUUGUUUCAAAUGUCUUUGACUUUGAUCAGCACAGUAAAGAAACUUUGGAAACUUUAGUUAGUGUUCUUCACAAACAUGGGAUUCCAGUUGGGGCCAAGCCAACAAAUGUGUCCUUAGCCACAGAGUUACCUCUCCCUCCUCUGAAACAAGUGGCGCAGUGGCUGGUAAUUCAAACACAAAUUUCAUCCCUUGGAGUUGAAGAGAGGUUUUUGAAGACGAAACGGCCUGUGUCAGUACCACAUGAAAUCUUUAAUGUUGAUAAAGUGGAAGCACGCUCAACAUUUUUCAGUGAAAUGCAGAGUUAUUGGAACAUGCCAGUAAACGAAUCAACUAUCAUAUCAGGAUUAGCUGUUACUAAAGGAUCUAAUUUUGCAGAAGAUCUCAUUCAUGUGGCUACAGUGAAUCCCUUAGGAGUAUUGACAAUGUCUCCAUAUAAAGACAAAGCUCUUUAUUUGUCAAUGCAAGGACUUUUGGGUUCUAAUCGAUUUUCACGAUCGCAAGUGUCUAUAAUCGCAUUAGAUGGUUUCAGAAAGGGCUCUAUUCUUGUUCAUGAAGAAUCUUCAAACAGUUUAGUUCUCUUGGAUACAGAAAAUAAACUAGCCAGUGCAAUACCAGUAGCAUCACUGCUUGAUCAAGCCACUGAGAAAAUAUCUCAGCGGUUUGGUGGAGGGAGACAGCAAACAGGAUGGAAAAUGGUGCCUGUUUGUGGCUCAAAUAAUGUGAUUUUGUAUGAAAAGGAUGGAUCUAAGAUAGAUCUGAUCAAUAUUGAUAAUAUGACUGCACAUUCAUUGGCUGUUCCAUUUGACAUUUCUAGUCUUCAUGUUGCUGGAAGUGACACUUGGCUGUUGAGUGAUUCUGAGCAAAGGAGAUAUUCAUUAAAGAAACAAAACAUAAAUGAUAACUGCCCAAGUAUUCUGAGAAUUAUGCAUCAGGAGGGGACUGAUUCUGAUUCAGUCCAGGUACCCAUUGGUGCUGUUAUACAAUGUGAUUCAACUGGUUUGGGAUCCAAAGCAUUGUCUGAGGCCCUGGAUCAAAAAAUCAGUGCCCCUAACCGUUUACUUUCAACUUCUAAAAGUUUGGCCACAGUUGUCGUAGGAUUUCCAGACUUGGAUCUCACAGCUUCUGAGGUUUAUUCAUGGAAAAGAGAACAUGGUGUUUCCUCUAAAUCUACCGCAAUUGUUAUGUCUGACAUUGGACAGAUAGUUAGACCUAUCAGAGUUGGGGAAGUUCCUCCUGCCAUUGCCCAGCAAAAUGAUGAAGGGUUAGCCGGCUAUCUUGAAGUUGUCGAUGUUGUUAAUCACAAAAUGAGAUUUGUCCCAGUUCCUGAGCCAAAGGUCAGUUCAACAGCCUCAGCAUAUGUUUAUUCUAAUUCACAGCAGCCAAUUCUUAUUGCUGAGAGGAGCAAUAGCGGCCUAGUGACUGUAGAUAAAGGUGGUUGUGUUCGCCUGUGGGAGACAGGUUUAGCACAACUUGAGCGGAGUUUAGAUGAUUGGCAGAAAAUGCUUGGAACAGGCAUGGAUGAUUUGCAGUUAACUGUUGAUCGAUAUAGCGGUCUUGAUGUGUCCAACCCAAAACAUGGUAAAGUAGACAAAAAUAAUGAUCCUCAUGUGGGAGGGAACACCUGGGCAGGUGGCACAGGUGGUCGUGACACGGCAGGCCUUGGUGGGAAAGGUGGACCCUAUCGCCUUGAUGCUGGUCAUAAAGUCCACCAGCUGAGUGACGCAGAAAAAGAGGCCAUUCCGGAACAUGUGAAAAAAGCAGCACGGGAGAUGGGUCAAAGAGCUUUUCAGCAAAGACUGAAAGAAAUUCAAAUGAGUUCUUAUGAUGCCACUUUGUAUGAACAGUUUCACAAGGGUGUGAGCAAACAGAUUCAAUCAUUAAGGGUUGUAUUAAGCAGCCUUCAGGCAAAAUCAAAAGAAAGGCAGUGGCUACGACAUCAGACCAGUGGGGAACUUGAUGAUACAAAACUAAUUGAAGGUUUAACUGGGGAGAAGACAAUAUACAGGCGCCGUGCUGAGGCUGAGCCUGAACUAGGUGCUCCUCAAAUGAAACCGAAGAGAUUACGUCUUGUUGUAGACGUCUCAGGCAGCAUGUACAGGUUCAAUGGGUAUGAUGGUCGUCUUGAUAGGGAAAUGGAAGCCAUGGUACUUGUUAUGGAAGCAUUUCAGGGUCAUGAAGAUAAAAUUCUUUAUGAUAUUCAUGGCCAUUCUGGAGAGGGCUACGGAAUUGAAUUUGUUGACUCUUCAAAGCCUCCAAAGGAUAAUAAACAGCGUUUGGAUGUGAUCAAAACCAUGCACGCACAUGCUCAGUUCUGCAUGUCUGGAGAUCAUACAUUGGCUGCAACUAAAACGGCCAUUAGUAGCCUCGCUCAAGAAGACUGUGAUGAUGCUAUAGUUGUGGUUCUCUCUGACGCCAACCUAGAGCGGUAUGGAAUCCCACCCAAGAGAUUUGCCUCAGCACUAACAGAGGAAACUAAAGUGAAUGCUUAUGCAAUUUUCAUUGGAUCUUUGGGUGACCAAGCAGCAAAAUUAACGAAGCAAAUGCCAGCUGGAAGAGCAUUUGUUUGUAUGGAUUUAAAGGACAUACCUCAAAUACUUCAACAGAUUUUCACAGCUUCUAUGUUGAAUACAGCUUAGGUGCUACCUGAGCAAAUAUAUUUUCCUGGGAGAUAUUGUACCUGUAAUCUAACCAUAUUUUUUUUAAUUUGUAAGAUACUAUAAGAAUAUGUAGAUAGAUAAAGACAGAUAUCGUGAUAUUUUUAGAUGUUAUUUUUAAAUAAAAGAAGUAUCUAUUUUCAUGAAGACUGUGAGAAAAUAAAACAUGCUGGCAUGUUUGAA